AAUACAGCUCCUAGUUCCGUCUUAUUUCCAUGGCUACCUUGGGACGAGAAUAUCAAUCCAUCUGAGGUUAGCUUGGCCGCCGAGCCAAGAUGCCGGCAGGAGGGUUCUCGGCGUCUUCCCCGCCGUCCGGCAUGGAGUUCGAGGCCAAGAUCACGCCUAUGGUGGUCACCUCCUGCGUCACGGCGGCCACCGGCGGGCUCAUGUUCGGCUACGACAUCGGCAUCUCUGGUGGGGUGACAUCCAUGGAGGAUUUCCAGCGUGAGUUCUUCCCGACGGUGCUCCGCAAGAGCCGCGAGAACAAGGGGAGCAACUACUGCCGAUACGACAAUCAAGGCCUGCAGCUCUUUACCUCGUCCCUCUACCUCGCCGGCCUCGUCUCCACCCUCUUCGCGUCCUACACUACCCGCCGGCUCGGCCGCCGCGCCACUAUGCGCAUAGCCGGCGCCUUUUUCAUCGUCGGCGUCAUUUUCAAUGGCGCUGCGCGGAACCUCGGUAUGCUCAUCGUCGGCAGGAUCCUGCUUGGCUGCGGUGUUGGCUUCGCCAGCCAGGCUAUUCCUCUGUUCUUGUCAGAGAUCGCACCGACUACAAUCCGCGGUGGCCUCAACUCCCUGUUCCAGAUAAACAUCACUGUCGGCAUUUUGUUCGCCAACCUCGUCAACUAUGGCACUAACAGGAUCCACCCUUGGGGAUGGCGUCUUUCUUUGUCCCUCGCGGGAUUCCCGGCUGUGUUGUUCACCCUAGGUGCAUUCUUCAUGGUCGAUACACCCAAUAGCCUCAUUGAGCGCGGUCGUCAAGAGGAAGGCAAAUUUAUGCUCAAGAAGAUCCGUGGCACCGACAACGUGGAGCCAGAGUUCAAUGAGAUCGUGGAGGCCAGUCGCAUCGCCCAUGACAUCAAGAACCCAUUUCGCAGCCUCCUACAACGCCACAACCGUCCCCUUCUCAUGAUCACCAUCCUCCUCCAGAUGUUCCAGCAAUUGACCGGUAUAAACGCCAUCAUGUUCUACGCCCCGGUGCUGCUCACCACAUUGGGAUUUAAGACCGAGGCUUCACUCUACUCGGCAGUGAUCACGGGGGCAGUGAACGUAUUGUCAACAUUUGUAUCAAUGUACACUGUAGACCGAGUGGGGAGACGGAUGUUGCUGCUGGAUGCCGGCGUGCAAAUGUUCCUCUCGUUAGUGGCCAUGGCCGUGGUGAUGAGGACAAGGGUUACCGACCGCUCAGACCACCUCGGCCAUGAUUGGGCCAUCAUGGUCGUUGUCAUCAUCUGCAAUUUUGUAUCCUCCUUUGCUUGGUCAUGGGGCCCACUCGGGUGGCUCAUCCCGAGCGAGACCUUCCCGCUCGAGACGCGCUCCGCGGGGCAGAGCAUCAGUGUCUGCACGAACCUACUCUUCACAUUCGUCUUUGCGCAGGUCUUCCUCUCGAUGCUCUGCCGCCUCAAGUCCUUCAUAUUUGUGUUUUUCUCCGUCUGUGUUGCCAUCAUGUCGCUCUUCGUCCUCUUCUUCCUACCCGAAACAAAGAACAUUCCCAUCGAGGAGAUGGCUGAAAGAGUGUGGAAACUACACUGGUUCUGGAAGCAAUUAAUGAAUGAUGGAGGUGACAACCACGUCAUCAGCGAGGAGGAAACGCCAUCGACGGUGUCAUUAUUUGAUUCGUUUGUAGAAUGAAGUAGCAUCAACCAGUGUGGCUUUAUUUUGUAAACAAGUCAAAAUCAAGAUUUCGCAAAUCUUGGGUCUUACAUGCAACACAAACAUAUCUUGGUGCUCCAGUCGUCUGCACAGUUAUGAUCGAUGAUAGUCCAUGGAGCGCAAAUAGCGGGGAGUACCCCAUAGCUUCUUCAUUCUCACGGAAAGAAGUACCAGAGCUUGAUGUUGCAGCGAAAAGGCCGCAUCAAUGAAUCAGAGUUUGUAUAGGAUUGGGAUCUUUAUGAUUAUUAGUUUUUCACUUAUAUAUUAAAAUACA